ACCCACCACACACCCACCACACACCCACCACACACCCACUACACACCCACACACACCCACUACACACCCACUACACACCCACCACACACCCACUACACACCCACUACACAUAUAUAUUUAUAUAUUUAUAUAUAUUCAGAGGGUAAUAGAAUGAGUAGAUAUAUAUUCAGAGGGUAAUAGAAUGGGUAGAUAUAUAUUCAGAGGGUAAUAGAAUGGGUAGAUAUAUAUUCAGAGGGUAAUAGAAUGGGUAGAUAUAUAUUCAGAGGGUAAUAGAAUGAGUAGAUAUAUAUUCAGAGGGUAAUAGAAUGGGUAGAUAUAUAUUCAGAGGGUAAUAGAAUGGGUAGAUAUAUAUUCAGAGGGUAAUAGAAUGGUAGAUAUAUAUUCAGAGGGUAAUAGAAUGGUAGAUAUAUAUUCAGAGGGUAAUAGAAUGGGUAGAUAUAUAUUCAGAGGGUAAUAGAAUGGGUAGAUAUAUAUAUUCAGAGGGUAAUAGAAUGGGUAGAUAUUCUCAUGCAGCCAUGUUUAUUCUCCCUCUAUCCACCAAAGACCGAUAGAUGCCAUAAUCCCAGUUUAUGGCUCCCGGUUGACAGUUUCCUCCACAGAUUCCUCAAUGUUUCAUAGUGUCUAUGUUCAGUAUCAGUGUUUCAUGUUGAAUGUGUUUAGUAUCUAGAAACAAAUCACUGUUGUCAAUAUGCUUCACAUGUAUUUUUGUCUUGAUUUAAAGAGGAACAUUUUCACUCCCGGCAAGAACUUUCAACUACAGUAAUGCAAUUUAUUUUCAGAUAUAAUACUAUGUAGUAAUUUCACAAAGCACAUAACAAGGAGUCAUUAAACCUGCCCAAAACAUGGAGGGAAAUCCCUACUUUAAAUGUAUUCAAACACAAAGAUCAACAAAACACUUAGACCUGAGGUUUUCCAUCAGGAAGAGUGAACUAGUGACUGUUGUUGGCUGGUUCAGUGUGACUGCUGCUGUUGGUCGGUUCAGUGUGACUGCUGUUGGCUGGUUCAGUAUGACUGCUGUUGUUGGUCGGUUCAGUAUGACUGCUGCUGUUGGCAGGUUCAGUAUGACUGCUGCUGUUGGCUGGUUCAGUGUGACUGCUGUUGUUGGUCGGUUCAGUAUGACUGCUGCUGUUGGCUGGUUCAGUAUGACUGCUGUUGUUGGUCGGUUCAGUAUGACUGCUGUUGUUGGCUGGUUCAGUAUGACUGCUGUUGUUGGUCGGUUCAGUAUGACUGCUGUUGUUGGCUGGUUCAGUAUGACUGCUGCUGUUGGCUGGUUCAGUAUGACUGCUGCUGUUGGCUGGUUCAGUGUGAGUGCUGUUGUUGGUCGGUUCAGUAUGACUGCUGCUGUUGGCUGGUUCAGUAUGACUGCUGCUGUUGGCUGGUUCAGUGUGACUGCUGUUGUUGGUCGGUUCAGUAUGACUGCUGCUGUUGGCUGGUUCAGUAUGACUGCUGUUGUUGGCUGGUUCAGUGUGACUGCUGUUGUUGGCUGGUUCAGUAUGACUGCUGUUGUUGGCUGGUUCAGUAUGACUGCUGCUGUUGGCUGGUUCAGUAUGACUGCUGCUGUUGGCCGGUUCAGUGUGACUGCUGUUGUUGGCUGGUUCAGUAUGACUGCUGCUGUUGGUCGGUUCAGUAUGACUGCUGCUGUUGGUCGGUUCAGUGUGACUGCUGCUGUUGGCUGGUUCAGUGUGACUGCUGUUGUUGGUCGGUUCAGUGUGACUGCUGCUGUUGGUCGGUUCAGUGUGACUGCUGCUGUUGGUCGGUUCAGUGUGACUGCUGUUGUUGGUCGGUUCAGUAUGACUGCUGCUGUUGGUCGGUUCAGUGUGACUGCUGCUGUUGGCUGGUUCAGUGUGACUGCUGUUGUUGGUCGGUUCAGUGUGACUGCUGCUGUUGGUCGGUUCAGUGUGACUGUUGUUGGCCGGUUCAGUGUGACUGCUGCUGUUGGUCGGUUCAGUGUGACUGCUGCUGUUGGCCGGUUCAGUAUGACUGCUGCUGUUGGCUGGUUCAGUAUGACUGCUGCUGUUGGCUGGUUCAGUAUGACUGCUGCUGUUGGCUGGUUCAGUAUGACUGCUGCUGUUGGCCGGUUCAGUGUGACUGCUGCUGUUGGCUGGUUCAGUAUGACUGCUGCUGUUGGUCGGUUCAGUAUGACUGCUGCUGUUGGCUGGUUCAGUAUGACUGCUGCUGUUGGCUGGUUCAGUAUGACUGCUGUUGUUGGCUGGUUCAGUAUGACUGCUGUUGGCCGGUUCAGUGUGACUGCUGCUGUUGGCGGUUCAGUAUGA